AUGGCUUACCCUCUUCACCUCUUUAAUGAGAGGUUAUGUAGGAACUACUGUAGGCAACUUAUAUCUACUUUUCUCAGCAAGGAUUGGCCUAUGCCUUCAAAUUGUACUCUUCACAUGCAAACAAACUUCAAAGGCCAUGGCAUUCUGAACUGGCAUUAUGACAAGCCGGAGCCACCAGUUGAGGGUCGUCUUCCUGAUGCUACCAAAGGAUCAGAUCACUUGAGAGAUGUGUUUGUUAAACAAAUGGGCCUGACAGAUCAGGAUAUUGUUGCUCUCUCUGGUGGCCACACCUGGGAAGGUGCCACAAGGAGCGCUCUGGAUUUGAGGGACCUUGGACUACCAACCCGCUCAUCUUUGAUAACAGCUAUUUUAAGUACGUUCCUUUGGGCUAUGUACAAUGUGGAACUCUUGAGCGGAGAGAAGGAUGGGCUUCUACAGCUUCCAUCUGAUAAGGCCCUUCUCUCUGAUCCAGCCUUCCGCCCUCUUGUUGAGAAAUAUGCUGCGGAUGAGGAUGCUUUCUUCGCUGAUUAUGCAGAAUCUCACUUGAAGCUCUCUGAACUGGGGUAUAAUUUCCAAUCCCUGUGUUUGCUGAGGCCUAAGUUCUGGACGAAGAAUGACACGGAAUGGUGGCCUGUCUAG